CACACAUCCAACAAACAUGCCCUCAUGAGGCUGUGAAGCCCUCAGUCAGGUUGCUCAGACAGGCGGUGGACAUUCACAGCAGUUCUCACACAGCUUUGGGACUAUUUCAGAUCUGCCUGAGAAAUUCAGCUUAAAAUGGGCAUGAGGUCACCCUACUUCCCAGCGAGGUCGGUGCUCUUCCACAAGGAGCCCAAUGGAGUGACGUACAGAGUCCCGGCUUUGUUGUACCUGUCCCGCUCCAGAUCUUUUCUGGCUUUUUGUGAGGAGAGACUGAGCCCGUCUGAUUCUCAGGCUCACCUGCUUGUGAUGAGGAAAGGCACCUUCUACAGGAACUAUGUGGAGUGGAAGGACAUGUGUGUUCUGGGCACUGCCUUCCUGCCUGGUCACAGGUCCAUGAACCCAUGUCCUGUGUAUGACGAGUUCACAGGUAUGCUCUUCCUGUUCUUCAUCGCCGUCCUUGGCCACACCUCAGAGUCCUACCAGCUGGUGACAGGGGACAAUGUGACCAGACUCUGCUACAUCUCCAGUACUGAUGGUGGAGAUACCUGGAGUCAAGCCGUGGACCUCACUGAAACAGUCAUAGGAGGCACUAUCAAAGACUGGGCCACAUUUGCCCUCGGCCCAGGUCAUGGCAUCCAGCUGAAGUCGGGCCGCCUGCUGAUCCCUGCCUACGCCUAUCACAUCGAGUGCAAGGAGUGCUUCGGGCAGCUCUGCCUGACUACUCCACGUGCCUUCUGUUUUCACAGCGACACCCACGGGAGAAGCUGGUGUUUUGGCGAGGCCAUCCCAUCGCCAGAGAGUGUGGAGUGUCAGAUGGUGUCUGUGGACCAGGAAGACGGCUCUAAUGUCCUGUACUGUAACGCCCGCAGCCCUCUGGGAUUCAGGGUGCAGGCCCUCAGUCUGGAUAAUGGAGCUGUGUUUCAGGAAGGCCAGCUGGUGCAGCGCCUGCUGGAGCCUAGGAAUGGUUGUCAUGGAAGUGUUAUUGGAUUUCCUGCUCCGUUAAAUCUAUAUAAAUCUCUUACAGGUCACACAUUCCACUGCAGACACUGGACAUCCAUUAUGGACUACACUGACCACACCCAGUUACCAUAUUCACUCUCAACAAACAGCUCUGGCAGCUCCCCUCUCUCUCCAAACAUCCAAUCUGCAACUGAUCCCAAUUCCCCUCCAGACUUCCUAACCCCCACCUGGGUGGUGUAUUCCCACCCAACAUGGACCACUUCCCGCAAAGAUCUGGGUGUGUUCCUCAGCCUGUUUCCAAGAGAUCCAGACAGCUGGCGUGGCCCCUGGGUGAUCUAUGAGGGCCCAAGUGCUUACUCUGAUCUGGCCUAUCUGGAGCUGUCACCUUCACCUGGAGAACCGCCUGCUGUGGCCUUUGCCUGCUUGUUUGAGUGUGGAACAAAAACAGCAUACGACGAAAUCUCCUUCAGCAUCUUCAGCCUCUAUGAGCUGAUAAGCAAUCUCCCGGGGGAUGUGGAGCUGAGAAGUAAGAGCAAUGGAAAUAAAACUCAGCAAGCUGGUGAGAUCUGUGGUAAACAUGAGCCUCGAAGUGCCCCAGUCAUCCAUCAGAUCCCUCAUGUGAAGAAGAGAAGGAAGAGCAUGCUGAUGCAGAUGUGCUCUAUUUUGUAAAUGUUUUUAAGUAAAAAUGUCAUUUAAUUUGGUCUCUGGUUAUAACUUUAUCAUGAGAACCUGUGAAAUAAAGAAAAAAAGAUGGAAAAUGUGGUUUUUAAUAUUAUUUAAUUGAAUUUUAGGAACAAACUUUUGCUUUGUGGAACGAAGCAACAAAUGAGACUUUACUUGAAAACCCAAUUUGUGGAUUGUGUAUGUGGUUGAAAAACUGAAGGAGUUUAUAAAGUUGGAUGCUUUCCAUUAGAACUGAUUGGCAUUUAUGGGAAUUAAUAGGAAUGUUUGGGAAUAAACGUGACUAUUUAAAAUACUGAAAGUUGGGCUUUAACAGGGAUAUAAAUUUUGUUGAGGAAUAUGUAUUUUAUGACCAAAUCAAGCAGACUUAAUGCAAAAAUCACAUUGACGUAACACACUGCUUAUUGCAGUGGAGCUUUGGCCACGCCCCCUACCUGCACAGUGGAUUCCUUGAUGCAGAAGGUUUCUAGAACAACGGACUACCAGGUCCACAGUUUUCAGGGAGCAGCCUGGGAUGGUUUGAGGCGAGAUGUUUUUUAAUGAGAGUAAAGGACCUUUUGAAUAAUAAAAUUAAGCAGGAGGUUUUUUUUUGGAAUGGGUGGGGUUUGGAAAGGAGUAAUUUUUUUUUAUGCUCAACAAAAUAAUCAAAACAUAAUAAAUUUCUUCUUUCAAAUGUUUGCUAUGUUUCUUUUGAACCCACACCCUCACCAUGGUCUUGUUGGACCACAUGUUUGCUGAAUAUUGGACCAUUUGCACGUUGCUGGACACCACCAGGCCUUCCGACGUUUCGGCCAUUUUGUAUCCAGGACAGUCCGUUACUACAAAUCCCAUCGGUCACUACGGCUGAUAUGACGGGGGCGUCCCA